GUGUUGAUAUCACUACCAAACAAUCCAAAGCCUCAGCAUAUAUAAGAAGCGGUGAAGAGGACCAAGUAAAAAAGAGUGAGAAGAAGAAGAGAGAAAAAUGGAGGAAGAGGCCAGGCCAAAGGGAGUGGUGAAGCACAUCUUGCUAGUCAAGUUCAAAAAUGACAUUCCACCUGACCAGAUUGAUCAACUCAUCAAGGACUUCGCCAAACUUGUCCAUCACAUCGAGCCCUUGAAGUCUUUCCACUGGGGAAAGGACAUCAGCAUUGAGAACCUGCAGCAAGGUUUCACUCAUGUUUUCGAGUUAACCUUUGAGACCGUAGAAGGCAUUGCAGAGUACAUUUCUCAUCCAACUCAUGUUGAAUUUGCGAAUGUACUUCGCCCUGUUUUGGAGAAAUUACUUGUUGUUGACUACAAACCCGAACCAGUCCAGCUGUGAACCAAAAGGGUGAUGGUCUCUAUUCGAGUCUUUCUGCUUUUGUUUCUUAAUAAAAGUUGCUAUAUUUGGAUCAACAAAAUCUGAAAUGGCAAACUUAUUUGUCUGUACCAUGAACAUUUCGAUAUGUUCUUUCUAUGAAUAAGUAUUGGGAAUGUUUGAUGAGAUA